ACAGUGCUACUCAUCCCCACAACUGCGCCAGGCUCCUCGAUAUCUUCGACGUAACAUGGCUCCCACCGUCUACCUUGUAUCCGGCGCGAGCCGCGGCAUCGGCCUCGCCAUCGUCACUCAGCUCUCCAGCCGUCCGGACGUCAUCGUCUUCGCCGGUGCACGCGACCCCGCGCGUGCCACCAAUUUGCAGGCGCUCGCCAAAUCGCACCCUGGGCGCUUCCAUAUCCUUGAACUUACAUCUCCGGAUAAGGCGAACAACAUCGCGGCCGUGGAGGAAAUCAAGCGAGUGGCGGGACGCCUGGAUGUCGUGAUAGCCAAUGCAGGCAUCGGCAAUGCCUUCGAGUCAGCUCUCGAGCUACGAACGGAGGAUAUGAUUAGGCAUUUCGAGGUCAACACCAACGGCGCCCUUGUCUUGUUCCAAGCGACGUAUCCCCUCCUAAAGGAGAGCAAGACGCGCAAAUUCGUGACCGUUUCCUCUGGUUUGGGAAGCAUCGCCCUUGCGGGCCAGAUGCCGGUUCUCAUGUACCCCUACGGCGCGUCCAAGGCCGCUCUGAACUGGGUAACGCGCAAGCUGCACCAUGACUUCCCCGAAUUCGUCAUAUUCCCUAUCAACCCGGGCGCGGUAUUGACUGAGGGCGCGCUAGCGGUCAAUGAGAGAGCUCCAGGGAUGAAAGAAAUGUUGGAAGCUAGCCCGGCACCCAUUUCUGCCGAGGAAAGCGCCCGCGGUACCCUCGAGCAGAUUGAUCUGGCGACAAGGGAGACACAUGGAGGCCAGUUCGUGGAUUACACUGGCCUAGGAAAGUGGGGGUGGUAGAAAGGAUGUAGUCAUGCCAACGAGUAAUUCUCAAUGUUGUGGUCGAAAUACAGUACGCAGCGCGAGACUGCAGACCGUCACGAG